UCAAAACAUACAAGUACUCCAUUCAGUAAUUGUAUUCCCAACGAAAACCAUGUCCAAGCCUCACAACUAUACAAAAGCAAGGCCCAGCCGUCGCCUCCUCCCGUCCAGCACUGGCAGCGAAACGGAGCGCAGUCUGGAGGAUUUGAUUAGUGUCACCAAGCUGCGGAUCAGUGGCACGGACACCGAUGACUGCAGCCACUGCGCGAUGGACAAGACACUUGGAUCCCCACAGCAGUCUGUUCGUGCGGUGGAGGUGGAAGUUCCGCGCCAUCCGCCGUUUGUGGCGCUGGUCGGCAAUCUGCCCAUGGAGACCAGCGAGCGGGAGCUGCGUCAGCUCUUUGCCCAGCACACAAUUCGCUCGCUCAGCCUGCUGCGGCGGGGCAAGCGCCAGCGGGGUGGUGGGGCCCAUGUGGAGCUGGAGACGCGCCAGGAUCUGUUGGAGCUGCUCAAGAAGGAUCAAAUGAUGUGUCGCGGACGUCGCCUGAGCAUCGCUGUGUGCCAGGAUCUGGGCGGUGGCGAGGACCGCUGGAGCAUGCACUCGGAUGGGCGCUGGAGUCGCCGUUCGGCCAGUGGCGACGAUGGCGACGAUGGCGCCUGGAGCCGCCAUUCCGGCAGUGAUGCCGACGAGAGCUCCUCGGAGUGUUCGGCUCGUGUCCGCCUCAGUCAAAGUCUGGGCGAGGCCUCGUCGGGUUCAUCGGUGCACAUCAGCCGCAGUCCCAGCAGCACCGAGGAACUGGAGCGUCGCAUGCACGUUCGCCUCCAAAAGUUGGCCGAUUUCGAGAAUGCCGAGACGGAGCGGGCCCAGAGCUCACAGGCGGAUGAGGGCGAGCCUCCAGCGCCCGUGUCCUGGCUCGAUUUCUGGUCCGAGGUGCAAAAGAGCGAGGAUCUAUAAGCGCACACACUCAUCCACAUCUCGCACACUUCCACUGCCAGAAG